ACUGUUUCUUACUUUCACAACGGCGUCAUAUGUGCUGUGGCUUAACUUUGUAUUGGCUUCAAACGGCGGCACAAACAGAAUUGCAAGGCGCUAGACUCUUAUAAUAACCUUAUUGACAAGAAUAAUUAAUCGUCUACUCAUUGAAUAAAAUAAAUUAGUCUUUUUCCCGUGUUGUGACUUGCAAAAUCUCUCCCCCCCACUUAUGAGAGCCUGCCUCAAACCUUGUUGUGAGCAAUAAAAAGAAGGAAAAAAGUGUACCUGGAUUUAUAGAAGAUAACACAAGAUCACACACACACACACAACAAUCAACUACAAGCAAUACUAGCCAACCAACCCACAACCCUUUAUAGUUUCCCUAUUCAAAACGAAAGAAAAAUGUCUAUUGCACCCGUUAUUAUAGAGGCUACAGCCAAACAUACUGCUACGUUGAUAUUUAUGCAUGGUCUUGGCGAUACUGGACAUGGUUGGAGCAGUGCUUUGGCUGCCAUACGUCCGGCCUGCAUGAAAGUUGUUUGCCCCACGGCACCAACACAGCCCGUCUCACUGAAUGCCGGUUUUCGUAUGCCAUCAUGGUUUGAUUUGAAAACUUUGGAUAUUUCCGGGCCCGAAGAUGAGGAGGGCAUUAAGCAGGCUUCACAGAAUAUUCAUAGCAUGAUAAAUACCGAAAUUGAAAAGGGUGUACCCGCUGAACGUAUUGUCUUGGGUGGUUUCUCACAAGGUGGAGCUUUGGCCCUGUAUUCAGCCUUGACCUAUAACAAGCCGCUGGCCGGUGUUGUGGCCCUGUCGUGUUGGCUGCCAUUGCAUAAACAAUUUCCUGGUUUAAAAACAAAUUCCGAUGAAAUACCUAUAUUCCAAUGCCAUGGUGACUUUGAUCCUGUUGUUCCCUAUAAAUUUGGCCAAUUGAGUGCUAGCUAUUUGAAAAACUUUAUGAAAAAUGUCACAUUCAAAACCUAUAAUGGCUUAUCACACUCAUCUUCCGAAGAGGAAAUGGACGAUAUGAAGGACAUUCUUGCUAAAUGGACCAAUGACUAUAGUAAUAUCAAGCCACGUAGUUCCACGGCCUCAAAUGUGGAACAAUGUUGUCAUAUUUUAUAACUAGAAUGUAGUUUAAAAACAUUAGUUAAAAACAAACAAAAACUCAUCUCAUUAAAUGAAACUGAAACUGAAACCGGAACUGAUACAUGCCUCAUUGCUGUUCGAGCGGCGCUCUAUUUCUAACUAUCUCAUGUACUCUCUCCAUUUUAACUCUAUCUCUCUCACUCUCUCUUUGUAACAUUUUAUAGAAAAAUUUUGUUAUUUAUAUUGUUAAUUUUCAUUGGAAAUGGAAUAAUUUUUAAUUUAUCAUUGU